AUGGAGGGUAUUUCCCCCCUGUUGCCGUGGUCCUUACCACGGCAAGGCGUAUUGGUGCCUCUGUUGACGUCGCAACCGAAUCCAGGUUAUAUUGCAUACUCCCAAGAGCACAGGGAAUUCUGCUGGGCAGAGGAUCAGAUUGAUCCCUUCAACUUCUGCACAAGCAUUCAUUCACUAGCUUCAGUAUUGCAAGCCUCCCUGUUCUUCAACUUUCUCUCCAUCUAUUUAGAGCAACCCAUCAAUCCGGAGGACUUUACGACCGAUGGGAACGUCGAUUGCGGUACAGAUGCAGCUCUUAAAAUGUUUGCAGACUGGAAGGUCCAGCUUUCUCAUUUAUCUUACUCUCGACUUCGAAAAAGACAGGAAAUACUGAACUCCCUUAUCACAUUUGCAUAUAUGAAAAGUGACGCAUUUGAAGAUGCCGCUGAAAAUUUCGGUGAAGAUGAGACUUUUGACCGUAUCGCCCUAUCUGUGAAGAUGCUCGCCAGCGUACUCUAUGCGGUAGCGGAGGAUACAUUCUCGGUUCUCGACGCUCGCUCAACUGGAAUCUGGGCUCCUUGGGUCUCCUCUUUGGCGUCUUCCUACUUUAACAAAAAGAAGUCGACACAGGGUGUGUUCUGGCUACAGAACGACAUAGGGCCGGCUCGCGACAGCAUAUACAUAAUGGGAGCAAGAGAGAUCAAAAGAUAUGCGCGAGGCCCUGCGAACAUCUUUGUCCCAUUCCCUCCUGGCGUUGAGCAAGGCGGACGUGCAGCUACUCGGCUUUAUCGGCAGUUUAAGCCGUCCGAAGACCAUGAGAACUGUUUAGCAAUGCAGAGGUGCUGUGCACAUAAUCUCAUUCUCGGGCGUGGACAAGACUAUCCAUUUCAACAUCACAACCAUGAGUCGGGAGACUGCGAGUUUAUCCAUGUUCCAAGACGCGAUAUUAUAACAAUUCUCCAAACUGGAGGAAUUCCUCUAGUGUCUGUCAGCAUCGAGGGUGACCUUGAUCUCCAGGUGCACCGGUUCACACCAUACAUAGCAUACACGGCAAUCUCGCAUGUCUGGUCAGAUGGCCUUGGAAAUCCACACUCGAAUGCACUGCCUCGCUGCCAGCUUCUCCGGCUCCGAAGGAUAAUAUAUGAAUCCUACCACUCAGAAUAUAGCCCUUUCUAUGACCCUGAGAGGGCCCUCGCCAGUGUCUUAUAUCUGGGAAUGCAGACCUUCCCCCAACGGAGCAGGCCGUCACAAACUUUCGACGCGAAGCGUGUGUAUUUUUGGAUGGAUACGUUUUGCAUUCCUGUUGCGGUGGAAACAGAGUCAGAUCAAUGGAGUAAAGAAUUGAAAUUCCGCGCCAUGAGCCAGAUUACACCAGCCUUUGCGGGCGCUUUUAAUACUAUCAUUCUCGACAACGAACUACAAGAGAUAGGGUUACCAGAUCCCAGCCAAAUUUCCGGAGAUGAAAUUGCGGCAAUGAUCCUAAGUUCAAAAUGGAUGCAACGAGGCUGGACCCUUGAGGAAGGCUGCCUAUCAAUGAAUUGCGUUGCUCAGCUGAUGGGAAAGCCAUACAAUAUACCAGGCUCCCUGAACCAUAACCUACAAAGACCAGAAGAUUUCUUCUCUCCCCUCGAGCGAGUUUCUAUCGAUUCCCGACGGUCACUUACUAAAAUUCUACGCAGAGUUCUGCUUGACGGGAAGCACCAACUUAGUUCUAUCCAUAGUCCAUUCAAAUAUGCUCAAGUGGUCCACGAUCUACGUCUUUCUCAGUUUGUGUGGAUAUGGAACUCGCUUCUUGAGCGAUCAACAACGAAGGCGGGUGAUGGGCCUAUUAUCGUUGCUAACUCGCUCGGCUUUAGAGUCUCUGGGCUGAAGGCUAUACCCGAGGAAGAACGGUUGAAGGCUGUAAUCCAAAGUUGUGAAGAGCUCCCCCUUUCUAUUCUUUAUAAUACAGGCCGUCGUAUUCGUUCUCCGGAAGUACCUAGUCUUGGCUGGAUACCUUCGACAGUUGAUGGCGAUUAUCUCACCACAAUGGGUAGCCUUAGAAGAUCUAAAUCCCAAAGAGCAGAUGGCGAAGUCAAACUUUUCAUCCAUCGGCCUACUGGGAGCCCUGAUGGGAUUACUGUGCAAGUUACACAGCCAGGGCAAGUUAUUCCUUUACAAAAGGAGGUAGUCAUUGUUAAUAUACGCAGUCGGCCAAAUGACAAUCUAAAGAGAGGGAAAGGGGUACUGUUGUCUAUCAUAUCAGAUACAGAAACUGGGAUGGCGCUCCAAUAUGAGGCACCGCUGGUGGCUUGGACGCAAGAGCAAUGGGAGUUUAGAUGCGCCGACUUCCUGAAUAGUUCAGUGCCAUCUAUUGACAUGCGCCCAGUCGGCCAUUCACAGCGGCUUUAUUUGACUUAUGAUCCACUAUUCUGGAAUAAAAAGCUUACCCGGCGGCCAGAGCUCAAUAAGUACCCGCUACUUGGUAAUAUAGUUACAGCGCUUGUCACACUUCCGCUCGUGGCGGUAACGACAUACCUUGCAAGCAUGAUUUAUGUAGCCAUUCGUGACGCGCUUGGUAUUCCGAGUGGACCAAGUCCCCAUGCUACUGUCUUUAUAUAUAUUUUCGGCCCUAUCUGCGCUAUAAUUGCGAAGUCUCUGGUUGAAAAUCGCAUUGCGGCCUUUUGGUAUAUUUCGUGGCUCAAAAGUCUCGAAGAGCAACCGCUGCCUCGGAAGAGUACGAUCUCCACGACCUGGGUGGCCCUGGUGAACAUUAAUCUCCUGCCAAUGCAGAGGCCGAGGAGCCAGACGUUGGAUCUUCCUGGCGAAAUUUACCUUGAAUGA